AUGAGGUGCAAUGCAUGCUGGCAAGAAUUGGAAGGGCAAGCCGUCUCCACCACUUGUGGCCACAUCUUUUGUACAGAAGAUGCCAAGAAGAUUCUCAGUAAUGAUGCUGCUUGCCCUAUCUGUGAUCAAGCUCUCUCGAAAAGUCUCAUGAAGCCUGUGGAUAUCAAUCCAAGUGAUGAAUGGAUAAAUAUGGCCAACUCGGGGAUAUCACCUCAGAUUUUGAUGAAGAGUGCUUAUAGAAGCGUGAUGUUCUACAUUGGGCAAAAGGAGUUGGAAAUGCAAUUUAAAAUGAACAGGAUGGUAGCUCAGUGCCGACAGAAAUGCGAGGUUAUGCAACAACAAUUCUCUGAAAAGUUUGAGCAAGUGCAAACUGCAUAUCAGAAGAUGGGUAAGAGGUGCCAAAUGAUGGAACAAGAGCUUGAGAACCUGUGCAAGGACAAGAAAGAGCUUCAAGAAAAGUUUUCUGAAAAAUGCAGGCAAAAGAGAAAACUUGAUGAAAUGUAUGAUCAACUGAGAACUGAAUAUGAAUCAGUGAAGCGGUCUGCCAUUCGUCCUGCAGUACCCAAUAUGUACUCAAGAACGGAGCCUGAACUCUUCUCAAAUGCUGCUAAUAUGAUGAAUAAUAGAGAUCAUAUUCAUAUGAGAAAAGAUUGGUCCGUUGCCACUCCUGACACUCCAGGGCCAAGAGAAGAUAUAUGGCCACCUCCAGCAAGACAACACAGUUCAAACUCUGGCCCCUUUGAGAUAUCCAGUGGCUCGCCUGCGAAGCAAUCAGGAAUUCCAAGGGAUACUGGAAACAGAACGGCUGGUGCUCGUCCCAUGUUCAGCCUUGGAACUGCAACUGGAACUGGGGGUAGCAAUCCUUCAAUGACCCUUAGGAACCUCAUCCUUUCCCCCAUAAAGAAGCCUAGGCUCUCUCGCGGUCAGCCCCAAAUGUUCACGUAA